CAAUACUUCAAUCCAUAAUAGCAUAACAAAAUGUGAGGUUACUUUAAAACUGUAUAAGGUUUAUGAUACAUAAUAAUUCAACGAAAAUUGUAAUAUAUUACUUACAUUUAAUUAUAAAGUGAAUAAGUAAAGAAAUUCGUAAAAAGUUAAGCUUCAAAAUAUUGAGGUUACAAUAAAAACGUCAACAAUGAACGAAAUCGACAAAUUGGAGCACCUUUCUUUGGUGUCUAAGGUUUGCACAGAAUUAGAAAAUCAUCUUGGAAUGAACGAUAAAGAUCUUGCUGAAUUUAUAAUCCAUUUAUCAGAAAAACACAACACUCUUGAAUCAUUUAAAAAAGUUUUGGAAGAAAAUGGAGCGGAGUUUUCAGAUUCGUUUGUUGCUAAUUUACUUCGUAUAAUCCAACACAUGAAACCUUUCAAAAAACCGGGUACAUCCUCAGAUUUUAACGCCCCAUCAGAUUCUUUAUCUGUUAAAUUUCCGGGUUUGGCAAUUCCCAAUGAACCACAAAAACCUUUAAUAUUUGAAGAUAAAGCUGAUUCUGAAGAAGCAGAAGGUGGAAUUGAUGAUUUAAUGGCGCAAUUAGAGGCAGACGCCCCUUCUAAAAAGAUUGAAAAAGGAAAAGCAAAUAGGAGUAGAAAUAAAUCGAGGGAAAGAAGUCGGUCGGGCGAAAGAAAACGAUCCAGAGAGAGGAGAAGGAGUCGUUCUAGAAAUAGAAAAAAAUCUAGAAGUCGUUCCCGAAAACGAGAUUCCUCUAGAGAUAGAUUAAGAGAUGAUAGAAGAAGAAGAAGUCGAUCUAGAGAGGAUCGAAAAAGAAGCCGAUCCAGAGAAAAUCGAAGAAGAAGUCGAUCUAGAGAAGAUCGAAGAAGAAGGAGUCGUUCGAGAGAAUUCCGCAGAAGAUCACCGGAUAGAAAUGAAAAAAGAAAUCGCAGAGAAAGCCCCGAAAUGGAAGAUGAUCCAAUUUUAGGUAAAAUUUACAAUGGAAAAGUAGCGAAUAUCGUUCCAUUUGGUUGUUUUGUACAACUUGAGGGUUUAAAACGGCGUUGGGAAGGUUUAGUUCAUAUUUCUCAAUUAAGAGCGGAAGGACGCGUGACUAACGUUUCGGAAGUCGUCUCAAGGGGUGGUAGGGUUAAAGUUAAGGUGUUAUCAGUAACAGGGCAAAAAGUAUCUCUAUCAAUGAAAGAUGUUUGUCAAAUGACGGGUAAAGAUUUAAACCCAUAUUCUCACGCGCCAAUAGAACGUGAAGAUAAAGAUCGUAACCCCGACCGGCCAACUCACACAAGUACUUCAGUUUUGCGCCUUCCAGUUGGAAUCGAUGAGAAUGAGGAGACGUCGCAAAAAAGGGUUACUCGCAUAUCGAGCCCAGAACGAUGGGAAAUAAAACAGAUGAUUUCUUCUGGAUGUAUCGAUAAAAGUGAACUUCCCGACUUCGAUGAAGAAACGGGGUUAUUACCUAAAGAUGAUGAUGGGGCUGAAGCGGAUAUUGAAAUUGAGUUGGUAGAAGAAGAACCGCCGUUUUUACACGGUCAUGGUCGUGCACUUCAUGAUUUAUCCCCGGUUAGAAUUGUUAAAAAUCCCGAUGGUUCUUUGGCCCAAGCUGCGAUGAUGCAAUCAGCUUUGGCUAAAGAAAGACGCGAACAAAAGAUGUUACAACGCGAACAAGAAGUUGAAGCUCAACCAUCCGGAAAAAACAAAAAUUGGAUCGAUCCGUUACCCGAAGAUGAUAUUAAAAAUACAUCAAACAUCCGCGGAAUUGGUUUGCAAUCUCAAGAUUUACCCGAAUGGAAAAAACAUGUUAUUGGCGGUAAAAAGUCUUCGUUUGGUAAAAAAACAAAUCUUUCGAUUAUUGAGCAAAGGCAAUCUCUUCCCAUUUAUAAAUUACGCGAGGAAUUAAUUAAAGCUGUCACUGAUAAUCAAAUUUUGAUUGUUAUUGGUGAAACUGGUUCUGGAAAAACAACUCAAAUCACUCAAUAUCUAGCAGAAGCUGGAUUAACAUCGAGGGGAAAAAUAGGUUGUACUCAACCAAGAAGAGUAGCUGCAAUGUCGGUAGCAAAAAGAGUCGCUGAAGAAUUUGGGUGUCGUUUAGGACAGGAAGUUGGGUACACAAUUCGUUUUGAAGAUUGUACUUGUCCAGAAACUGUAAUAAAAUACAUGACAGAUGGGAUGUUGUUAAGGGAGUGUUUAAUGGAUUUAGAUUUAAAAUCUUAUUCAGUAAUAAUGUUGGAUGAAGCUCAUGAACGUACAAUUCAUACAGACGUUUUAUUUGGACUUUUAAAACAAGCUGUUGUUAAGAGGAGCGAAUUAAAAUUAAUAGUAACAUCGGCUACUUUAGACGCUGUCAAAUUUUCGCAAUAUUUUUUCGAAGCCCCCAUUUUUACAAUCCCUGGAAGAACGUUUCCGGUUGAAAUUUUAUACACAAAGGAACCAGAAACUGAUUAUUUAGACGCUAGCUUAAUUACAGUUAUGCAAAUCCAUUUGAGGGAGCCCCCAGGUGAUAUCUUAUUAUUUUUAACUGGUCAAGAAGAAAUCGAUACGGCGUGCGAAAUUUUAUAUGAACGAAUGAAAAGUUUAGGUCCCGAUGUUCCCGAAUUAAUUAUUUUACCCGUUUAUUCUGCUUUACCAUCAGAAAUGCAAACGAGAAUUUUCGAACCAGCUCCUCCAGGAAGUCGAAAAGUUGUUAUAGCUACGAAUAUAGCGGAAACUUCUUUAACAAUCGAUGGGAUUUAUUACGUCGUCGAUCCAGGAUUUGUUAAACAAAAAGUAUAUAAUUCAAAAACUGGUAUGGACUCGUUGGUUGUUACUCCAAUUUCUCAAGCACAAGCUAAACAAAGAGCUGGAAGAGCUGGGCGAACCGGGCCAGGAAAAUGUUACAGACUUUACACAGAAAGAGCUUAUAGAGACGAAAUGUUACCAACACCAGUUCCAGAAAUACAAAGAACUAAUUUAGCAACAACCGUCUUACAGCUAAAAACAAUGGGAAUUAACGAUUUAUUGCAUUUCGAUUUUAUGGACGCCCCACCAGUUGAAUCUUUAAUCAUGGCUUUAGAACAAUUACAUUCCUUGUCAGCUUUAGACGACGAAGGGUUAUUAACAAGAUUAGGUCGACGAAUGGCCGAAUUUCCUUUAGAACCUAACUUAUCAAAGAUGUUAAUCAUGUCUGUCGCUUUACAAUGUUCCGAUGAAAUUUUGACUAUUGUAAGUAUGCUCUCGGUACAAAACGUUUUUUAUCGACCAAAGGAUAAACAAGCAAUCGCCGACCAAAAAAAAGCUAAAUUUAACCAACCCGAAGGAGACCAUCUCACUUUACUCGCGGUUUAUAACAGUUGGAAAAACAAUAAAUUCUCAAACGCUUGGUGUUAUGAAAAUUUCGUUCAAAUACGAACGCUUAAACGUGCCCAAGAUGUACGAAAACAACUCUUAGGAAUAAUGGAUCGGCAUAAACUCGACGUCGUUUCGGCCGAAAAGAACACAGUUCGAGUACAAAAAGCGGUUUGUUCAGGGUUCUUUAGAAACGCGGCAAAAAAAGAUCCUCAAGAAGGUUACAGAACUUUAGUUGACAGUCAAGUUGUUUAUAUUCAUCCGUCUAGUGCGCUUUUUAAUCGGCAACCUGAAUGGGUAAUUUACCAUGAAUUGGUUCAAACAACUAAAGAGUAUAUGAGGGAAGUGACAACAAUUGAUCCAAAAUGGUUGGUGGAGUUUGCUCCGGCAUUUUUCAAAUUUUCUGAUCCUACUAAGUUAAGUAAAUUUAAGAAAAAUCAACGAUUAGAACCUUUAUAUAAUAAAUAUGAAGAACCUAAUGCUUGGAGAAUAUCAAGAGUAAGACGAAGAAGAAAUUAAAUAAAUUAAUUUGAUGUAAUUUUAAAGACUUGAUGUAAUUAGAUUAAAUAAUACAUAUGUUUAACAAA